AUGUGGGAGUGGGAGGAGCAGCAGCGAACACCGGUAAAAGUGGAUGCCCUGUCUGAGGGGGCAGAAGCACUAGUUGUGGCCACACACAGCUCCAACUCCAUUUACAAGUAUGCUGAUGACACUGCCAUCUUUGGCCACAUCACCAGUCAUGAUGAGACGGCCUACAGGGAUGAGGUCAGGAACCUGGUGGAGGGGUGCCUUGACAAUAAUAUCUCCCUCAAUGUCAGCAAACCCGAAGAGCUGGUCAUUGAUUUUAGAAAACAGGGUGGGGACCACACCCCUCUUCACAUCAACGGGGUGGCUGUAGAGAUGGUUAGCAGCUUUAUGUUCCUGGGCACCUUCAUUACUAAUGAUUUGACGUGGUCCCAGAAUGUGAACUGGUUAUUUGGAAACUCCAACUCUGAAAUCACAGUGGACAUGCAGGGAUAUCAAGGUGGAAAUUUCUCCCACACUGAAUUUCUUUUAAUUGGAUUUCAUGAACUUAAAGAGCAACGAUGGCUCCUGUUCUUCCCUUUCUGUCUCAUGUUCAUGUUGUCUACAGUCGCAAACUCAGCUCUUAUAUUUGUCAUUACAGCACAGAGGAGUUUGCACUCUCCGAUGUGCGUUUUAAUAGGAGCCAUGGCAUGUGUAGACCUAAGUCUGCCAGUAUUUUUUGUUCCAAAAAUGCUGUUAAGUCUCUUAUUUAACUGGGAUGCUAUCUCUCUACUGGGAUGUUUGGUGCAAAUGUUUUUCAUUCAUUUUGUUGGCUCGUUCCAAUCCUCCAUUCUCCUCUGGAUGGCUCUGGAUCGGUAUGCUGCCAUAUGCAUUCCUCUGCGCUAUAAUGAAUACACAAACACUUCUUCCUCCCUAAAGUUUAUAGUUGCAGCAGUUCUUAGAAAUGGUAUUUUCAUUCUGGUUAUUGUCAUCCUUGCUGGUAAUCUGCCUUACUGUUCCUCAAAUGUCAUUGAUCACUGUUUCUGUGAACACAUGGCCCUGGUAAGUGUAGCCAAUGGAAGCACAGUCAUUAACAGCAGUGUAGGAUUGGGUGCUGUGUUCUGUGUAACAACUCUUGAUUUUGUCUGCAUUGUUGUUUCAUAUGGCAAAAUCUUCAUUUCAGUCUUUAAAACCACCACAGGAAAAUCCUCUCGCAAAGCAAUUCACACCUGUACUACUCACAUAAUAGUUAUGUGUGUGACUUACUUUUCUGCCAUGACAGCAUUUUUUACUUAUAGGGUUAAGAAUUCAAUCUCUCCUAACAUCCGUGUACUUAUCAGUACAAUGUAUUUACUUUUCCCCAGUUGUUUUAAUCCAAUUAUUUAUGGCAUCAGAACAAAAGAGAUAAGAGAGCAAAUACUCAAACUAAUUAAAAGAACUAAAGUUGAUCAAACCUCUUUUAAAGUGUCGAGUGUGAUGCAAAACUAA